UAACGAAAGACACGAGGGAAAGUUACUGGAUUUUCCUUUUUAAACAAAUUUGUUGUGAUUUUUUUUGGCUGGUUUUUAAUUUUGUUUUGUUUAGGUGGGAACUUUUAUGGCAAUUGACUUAUUGUGGAUAAUGAAAAACAAAGCAGAACCCCUCAUCCGGUGUUAAUCUCUUUUAAAAUUGUGGAGUAUUUCCUGCAUCAAGACCGAGUCCGAUUUAAAAGUACUUCUAUUUUUGAGAGUCAAACACACGAGAUAAUAAAACACCUUUACAGAAGACUUCUCUUUUCUUCCCCUAAAAUAUAUUUCCUUGGAAUAUUGUGAACACAUUGUUCCAUUUAAGAUGUUUUCACCUCCUGUGAGCAGUGGGAAGAAUGGACCAACUUCUUUGGCAAGUGGACACUUUACUGGCUCAAAUGUAGAAGACAGAACUAGCUCAGGGUCCUGGGGGAAUGGAGGACAUCCUAGUCCAUCCAGGAACUAUGGAGAUGGAACUUCUUAUGAACAUAUGACAAACAGGGACCUUGGAUCACAUGACAAUCUAUCUCCUCCUUUUGUGAAUUCCAGAGUACAAAAUAAAACAGAAAGGGGCUCUUACUCCUCAUACGGGCGAGACUCAAAUCUUCAAGGUUGCCAUCAGCAAAGUCUCCUUGGAGGUGACAUGGAAAUGGGCAACCCAGGAACUCUUUCUCCUACCAAACCUGGUUCUCAGUACUAUCAGUAUUCUAGCAAUAACCCGCGAAGGAGGCCUCUGCACAGCACUUCUGUUGAAGUACAAACAAAGAAAGUUCGAAAGGUUCCUCCAGGUUUGCCAUCUUCAGUUUAUGCCCCUUCUGCAAGCACUGCCGACUACAAUCGGGACUCGCCCAGCUAUCCAUCCUCAAAACCAGCAGCCAGCACUUUUCCUAGUUCCUUCUUCAUGCAAGACGGCCAUCAUAGCAGUGAUCCAUGGAACUCAUCUAGUGGAAUGAAUCCGCCUGGAUAUGGAGGAAUGUUGGGCAAUUCAUCUCAUAUUCCACAGUCCAGUAGCUAUUGCAGUCUUCAUCCUCAUGACCGCUUGAGCUACCCAUCACACUCCUCAGCAGACAUCAAUUCCAGUCUUCCUCCAAUGUCCACUUUCCAUCGCAGUGGCACAACCCAUUACAGUGCUUCUUCCUGUACACCUCCUGCAAAUGGAACAGAUAGUAUAAUGGCAAACAGAGGAAGUGGAACAGCAGGAAGUUCACAGACAGGCGAUGCGCUGGGGAAAGCACUUGCAUCUAUCUACUCUCCAGAUCAUACCAACAACAGCUUUUCAUCAAAUCCUUCAACUCCUGUUGGUUCUCCCCCUUCUCUCUCAGCAGGAACAGCUGUUUGGUCUAGAAAUGGAGGGCAAGCAUCAUCAUCUCCCAAUUAUGAAGGUCCCUUACAUUCUUUGCAAAGCCGGAUUGAAGACCGCUUGGAAAGACUGGAUGAUGCUAUUCAUGUUCUCCGGAACCAUGCAGUGGGGCCUUCAACUGCCAUGCCUGGUAGUCAUGGUGACCUCCAUGGCUUAAUAGGCCCUUCUCAUAAUGGAGCAAUGGGAGGCCUCGGAUCAGGAUACGGGACAGGCCUUCUUUCAGCCAAUAGACAUUCACUAAUGGUUGGGGCUCAUCGUGAAGAUGCAGUUGGCCUCCGUGGCAGCCAUUCCCUUGUGCCAAACCAGGUUCCUGUUCCACAGCUGCCAGUGCAGUCUGCUACAUCUCCGGACUUAAACCAGCCUCAGGAUCCAUACCGAGGCAUGCCAACUGGACUUCAAGGGCAAAGCAUAUCUUCAGGGAGUUCUGAAAUAAAAUCCGAUGACGAAGGAGAUGAAAACCUCCAGGACGCAAAACCUUCUGAGGACAAGAAGUUAGACGAUGACAAGAAGGAUAUCAAAUCAAUUACUAGGUCAAGAUCUAGCAAUAAUGAUGACGAAGAUCUUACACCGGAGCAAAAAGCAGAGCGCGAGAAAGAAAGAAGAAUGGCCAACAAUGCCCGUGAGCGCCUGCGUGUCCGUGACAUCAACGAGGCUUUCAAGGAGCUGGGCAGGAUGGUGCAGCUCCAUCUAAAGAGUGACAAGCCCCAGACCAAACUUUUGAUCUUACAUCAAGCUGUAGCAGUUAUCCUCAGUUUAGAGCAGCAAGUCAGAGAAAGGAAUUUGAAUCCUAAAGCAGCAUGUUUGAAAAGAAGGGAAGAAGAGAAAGUAUCUUCGGACCCUCCUCCACUUUCUUUGGCAGGACCCCACCCUGGGAUGGGAGACACAUCUAAUCAUAUGGGCCAGAUGUAAAAAAAGGAAAAAGGUCCAAGUUGCCACAUUUUCUUCAUGUAAACCAGAGACCACUUCCUUAACAGCUGUAUUAUCUUAAAAACAUAUAAACAUUUAACCCUCCCCGUUUUUGUAAUAUAAUAAGACAAGUCUGAGUAGUUACGAAUCACAGACGCAAGAGAUUUCAGCAUUCCUGAUUUUGAAAUAAAGAAAAAGUGCAACUUGAGGGACAUCUCUUUUCAACAUAUCAUUCAGAAUGUUUCAAGCAGUAUGUUAACAACUGUAAAUGCACAGCCAGGAGACUGAAUGGCAAUCUUCUCCACACUGUGGGACAAUGCAUUUGUGCCUAAACUUCUUUUGGGAAAAAAAAAUAUAAUUAAUUUGUAAGUCUGAAAAAAAAAUAUUUAAUUUAAAAAGUGUAAACUUGCAAUAAUGAAAAGUGUACUUCUGAAGAAAAAAAUGAACGUUUUCAUUGGUGUACUAGUCAGCUAGUGUUUAUACUUACUGGAUAUUAAAAAGGGAAGCAUUGCUACCCCAAUAUUUACAAAACCAGCAAACGUCCUAAUGAAAACUGAAGUAAUGACAUUAGCCAUUCCUUAGGGUAGGAGGAACAGAUGGAUCUUAUAGACCUUUGACAAAUACAGGCAAACACACGGACACAAACACACAUAUAUAAAUACAUAUAAAUAUAUAUAUAAAUAUAUACAUAUAUAUAUAUAUAUAUUAAAAUUAGUGAAUAUGGUAAGCUUUUGUUCAUUUGUUUCAGACUUUUUGCUCCUGUAAAAAAAAAAAAAAAGUACUGACUAACUUUUUUUAAGAAAAAUAUUUUACUGUAAAUAAGUUUUGUUUUUGUUUACGUCUUCUUUCUCUUUCCCACGGCCCCUUCGGUUCUUUAUUGUAACCUGUAGUGCCAACUCGGUUGCUGGAGGGGCAGUUCAGGAUGAAACACUGACCCUGAUGUUGCUUAUCAUGCAAAAGUAGAGAGUUGUUUCUUGAGUCCCUUGGGGAGCAUCCGGGAGUAGAUGAGGUAUGUCUUACGUUGAUAAGUGUAAGCAGCAUGGCUGAGAUCAAGGGAGUCUUCUCCAACCCGAUGCCCCCCAGACAGAUUGGAACUAUUGUUCCCAGAAUUCUCAGCCCGCAAGUGUGCUGGGAAGCAGGUUAGGAAUUCUGGGGCCGUAGUCCCUACCAUACAGUCAGCACGAGUUUGGAGAAAGAUGGCCCACACAAUAUAUUUUGGGGUGGAGGGUGGAGAAGUCUAAAUCAUAAAUAUUGCUCUCAUUAGACCCUAUUUCUAAGAUUUCAGAGGUACAAGGUUAGAAUGCUACAAUGUUACCACUGUGCCUUCCAAUGUUUAUAUCAUCAAAAAUGUAACAUAAUCAAAAGUGGCUGUGAUUUAACAAACCAGUAGAAAUGUUAAAUUAAUGUGUGUAGCUUAAAUACAAUAUGCAUUGAGGCGUUUCAGAGUACAUGGUCAAAGGUGGGAUGGGGGGCAGUUUCAAGUGGAAAAGUUGCUAGUUGUAUGAGUUUGAUUUUAGAAAACAUUUUGAAGGGUAUUACUGAAAGAUAGACCAUAUACUGCCUCCUCCAUUUAUUAAAAAAAAUGCCAAUAUCCAACCGUCACACAGCAUUAGAACAAGCCUUACCCGUUCUAAAGCAUUAAGUUGCACUUUCUUGAGGAGGAGGGAGUAGAACAGUAUUUCUCUGGCCAGUAUGAAUCAAGUUUUUACUUAACACAUAUAUAUUAUAGUAAGUAUAGAUCAAGCUUAUGACACAGCAACUCAUCCAGUGAUUGGAUUUCAGGGCAUCUAAACAAGCAUCCAUAGUGAAUCUUCUGAAGAUUUACAUUGGUAAACAGAACAAUUAACUGACAUUGCUCUCAAUACAGUCUUUGUCAGCAUCCUUUUGUCUCCAGUUCCAGCUUCUGAUUUUUUAAAAAAUAGCCACGCAAACUUGGCAUGUUAUUUUUAAAUGGAAUCUCCCUGUUUGAGUAGAUUUUCCACCUAUCAGCACUGAGUAAAUGCCAUAUACCCAUUGAAAAUGGUCUAGACGUUCCAUCUGUUCUCCUGUUUUGCCAGUUACAUAGUAAUGAAAAAAAAACAUUUGUAAAUUUUAUGCAACAAAAUGGCAAACGUAUCAUUAUUUUGAAAUUGUGUAUGUAAAAGUUAUAUUUUUACAUGUAGACUCUUGUUAUUAUGUGUUUUAAUACAUUGUAUCAAACUUUUGUUUUUUUUUAACUGUGUGGUUGAAACAAAAUCUCAUUUAAAUGAAAUAGUGCAAAAUAAGAAUCUUAAUUUUAUGUUACUGAAAAACAUAAAGAACAAAUAUGGUAGUUUACCAUGUGAACCACCCUCUCCAUAUCCAUAAACAUUUUGAUUACCU